AUGCGGAAGAAGCGAAAACCGUACACGAAGUAUCAGACGUUAGAACUAGAAAAAGAAUUCCUCUACAAUACCUAUGUGAGCAAGCAGAAACGAUGGGAAUUGGCACGAACACUUGGCCUUACCGAACGACAAGUGAAAAUCUGGUUCCAGAAUCGACGGAUGAAAGACAAAAAAGUGAAGCAACGUGCCACCGUCGACGGAAGCGGCUGUGUGAUGAUGCUGAAAGAAGAAUAG